GUAUAAAAACGAGCACCCCACUGAUUCAUUUUCACCAACAAAUUAAAAGAUUGAAAUUCAGAGCGCAAAAUAUUCAGAGAGAAAAGAAUGAGUUCGUCAACAAGAGCUUUGAUUGCGGCGGCCAGCGUCGGCGUUGUGGAGGCCUUGAAGGACCAAGGAAUUUGCCGGUGGAACCAUGCCAUAAGAUCGGCGCAGCACUACGCCAAAAACCAUGUCCGGUCUAUUUCUCAGGCCAAAAAGUUGUCCUCCGCCGUGACUUCUGGUAAGCACCAGAGACAGUCGUCGCCAUCGGAGGAAUCUCUGAGGACGGUCAUGUACCUCAGCUGUUGGGGUCCUAAUUGAACCCACAAUAUAUUCCGGUUCGACCGGGGGCGGUUCAGGUUUAGCAACCGGCGAUUGGGUUGAAAUAGAUGAUUAUGAUCUCUUUAUUUCUUGUUUCUCCCACUGGGUUGAAAUUGUAAUUUACACGAGGCGUUGGGCGACGGAUUCUUUGAAGAAUUGUAAAGGCAGUUCCUUUUCUUAUUAUUAAAGAGAAUUGAACCAAAGCUUUUUUCACUA